AUGGCUUCGAUGGGGAUGCAGAUCGCCGGCUGCGCCCUGGCUCUCUUCGGUUGGAUCGGGGUGCUGAUCGUCUGCGGUACGCCCAUGUGGAGAGUCACGGCCUUCAUCGGCACCAACAUCGUGACCUCUCAGGUCAUGUGGGAGGGACUCUGGAUGAGCUGCGUGGUCCAGAGUACAGGACAGAUGCAGUGUAAGGUCUACGACUCCAUGCUGGCCCUCAGCAAAGACCUGCAGGGGGCCCGGGCUCUGGUGGUGGUGUCCAUCAUCGUAGGCCUCGUCGGGGUCCUCAUCGCCUUCGCAGGAGGGAAGUGCACCAACUUCAUUCCAAAGGAGAGAGCCAAGGCGAGGGCUUUAGUGGCGGCGGGUGUUUUACUGAUCAUCAGUGGAGUCCUCUGCCUCAUCGCCGUCUCCUGGACCGCCAGCAUCAUCAUCAGGAACUUCUACAACCCCGUGCUGGUGGACGCCCAGAAAAGAGAGCUGGGGGCCUCUCUGUACAUCGGCUGGGGGGCCUCGGCGCUGCUGAUCGUGGGAGGAGCUCUGCUGUGUUCCAGCUGUCCGAAAAAAGACAGCGGGGCCCGAUCAGUGGAGUACUUCAUGGACGAGUCAAGGGGGUACAGCAAACCGGGGUCUGUCCGAUCCUUCACAAAGACAUAUCUUUGA